AUGGAGUUUGAUACUAUGAUCGUUGGGCCCUCGAUUCUAAAAGAGGUAUUUGGACCGCCACCUCCGAUGCCUAUGGUAGUAAAGGGCCUCCGACUACUCACUGACACAAAGUGGCCGAAGACAAAGAGCCGCCGUCCCCGAGUCUAUAUCAGAACACUCUGCGCCGCCACAGUCUCAGAAUAUGACUCCGACGAACAAUGGAUUUUCGAGAACAGGACGACUGUUCAGGUUUCAAGUCUCGAGGACCAAUGA